AUGGCGCCUCAUGCAGAAGAAGCUCCAGUCUUCAGAACAUCGCCCAGCAAGACAAAAGCACAGAUAGAGGCUACGACCGAUACAACCGCCACUGCGGUACCCGAUCCAAUCACCCAACUACAACCGACAGUGACUCGAUUUCGCCACGACGAUGUCUUGCCUCACAGAGAGUCCUCCACUCCACUCGUGACAGGAGUAGCUCUAUUCUCCUCAGCAGACAUGUUCAAAUCCCCCGGCGCCAAGUCCAAACCUAAAGCCAGCAAAAGUUUCUACAACUCGCACUUAUCACGAGAAGCUAAAGCUCGAAAAUCCAGCUCAUUGAAAGGAGCAAUGAAGUACCUGACACCGGGUACUAUCAGCUUAUGUGGUGGUCUACCAAGUUCAGAGUAUUUCCCCUUCGAAGAACUGUCAUUCGACAUCCCUACAGCGCCUGAAUUCAACUCUCGACAAACAACCACGAUAAAGAGUAGAAAGCACGAUGUUACGGAGGGCAAAUCGUCCAUCGACCUCAACAUCGCACUAAACUAUGGACAAAGUAUGGGUCCACCUCAACUACUGCGAUAUCUGACGGAACACACCGAGAUCGGCAAUACUAGUGCUCUGGAUAUAGCGCUGCGAAUGUUGUGCGAGAGAGGUGACGCGGUGAUCUUCGAGGAAUAUUCGUUCAGCAGUGCUAUUGAGACUGCGUUGCCGAUUGGUCUGGUACCCGUUGGCAUUAAGAUGGACUCGAAGGGUCUAUGUGCUAAAGAUCUGGAGCAUGUACUUGGCAAUUGGGAUUCAGGCGCUUGCUUCGGUACGACGAAGUAUGGUGGUGCGAAGAGGCCGAAGGUUAUGUAUACUAUUCCUACGGGUCAGAAUCCGACUGGUGCUACGCAGGAUGAGCAGAGGAGAAAGGAUAUUCUGGCAGUCUGUGACAAGUAUGAUGUUUUUGUUAUUGAGGAUGAACCAUACUACUUCCUGCAGAUGGAGGAGUACUCAAGCAAGGCACGACAGCACAAUGAUGGUACGAAUGGCAGCACGAAGAAAUCCACAACAGAAGAGUUGAGCGCGUUCAUCGACUCUCUUGUCCCGUCCUACCUUGCUCUGUCCACAAGCGGCAACGUGUUGCGACUGGACUCGUUCUCCAAGAUCAUCGCACCAGGCUCCCGAACUGGCUGGGUGACAGGUCCCGCAGAUUUACUCGAGCGAUUCGUGCGCGCUUCAGAGUACUCGGCACAAAACCCCAGUGGUUUCUCCAUGGUCGCACUGUAUAAAUUGCUGGAGGAAGAAUGGGGCCACAAAGGUUUCCUACAGUGGUUGCAGACACUCCGUCAUGAGUACAGCGCUCGAAGAGAUGGCAUUGUUUCUGCCUGCGAGGAGUACCUGCCAAAGGAUAUUGUUCAGUUCGAUGCGCCUAUUGCUGGUAUGUUCCAGUGGCUACGUGUCGAUGGGUCAAAGCAUCCUGUCUGGAAAGAGAGAUCGAGUGGUCUGCAAACCGAGGCUGAUAAGCGAGCUUUGCUGAUCGAGCUGGAGGGUGAGAUCUUCGAGCACGCAGCUAAGAGAAACAAUGUGGUGGUUGCUAGAGGUAGUUGGUUCUUGGCAGAGAAAGAUGCUUCUGCUGUCGAGAACACUGUCACGAAUGGACAGACAAAUGGCGAGGAGCACAAUGGAGAGAAUGCAAAGGAGGUAGAUAUUGAUACAACUAUCUACUUCCGCAUGACGUUUGCAGCAGCUCCUCAUGACAAGAUUGCUGAGGCAGUAAGACGAUUUGCUGAGACAUUGAACGAGGAGUUUCGAGAGGCAUGA